UAUUGUUGAUGAAUGUAAACACUUUUUGGACGCCGAAUUAUUAGAAAAUUUUUUUAAUUGUACUAAAGUACUCGAAAAAUCAGUAAAAGAUUCAUUGACUAUGUUUGAGAAUUUAUAUAAUGCUAUUACAUUCAUAAGAUAUAUAGACCUAAACUUGAAAAAUCUAAAAGUUGAUGAGUUACAAAGUUAUCUGUUUACCACAGAUGACGACAUUUAUCAGAUAAAAAACCACAAAUUUUUUAAAAAUGUGCAAGACGAGAAAUCUUAUGAUUAUCAUCAAAUAUUUCUUGAUGUUAGAAAUUUCAUUGAUAAUGUAUCUAAAAUAGCAAAUAACUUUUUUGAGAAAUAUAAAUUUAUUCAAAAUAUUUAUGAGAAUGAUGAUUGCAAAAUGAUAUGUGAAAUAGAAUAUUCAUCCCAUUCGAUAGAUUCACCGGAUUUUAUUUCAUUCAUGUAUCAAAAGGUCAAUUCGUUUUACACUGAUACCAUAAAGAAUAAUUACGAGGAUCUUGGAUUUAUUCAAUUGAUAAAUCCAACAAUUUAUAAAUUUACACCUCCCAUAGUCCAAACUAUUAAUCAAGAACUUGGUAUCACGUCACUCAAUAUUAUACUUAGUGAGGGUAGUUGGAGUUCAUUUAACCACAUAGAAAUACAAUAUGACGAUUUGAAAAUAUGCGCUUCACGUAUUUUUAGAGACCUGGUGACAGAUCAUAAUUUUCAUCUUAAAAAAAAUUACUUCGCUCAAAUGGUGAGAUGCAGAUUUUAUGAAGUGCUUCUAAUUUACAAUACAUCAUUAUCUGCUUUGAAAAUANUAUGA